GGAAGACCCCUGGAUCCCAGAUGUGCGUAGCCCUGAGGCCGUGCCAGGAGACCUGAGCCCAGCAGGAACUGGGAUUACAGAUAUACUGGAGGAUGUGCAGGAAAGUGGUGUGGCCGAAAGGCGGUGGGGUAGUGCCUGUGUGGGAGAAAUCAGAAGGGAUGUCCCAGGAGGCCUGGAGCAAGGUCAGGGUGAGCACAUCAAGAAGGCACUGGGAGAGCAUCUGGAAGAGAAAGGAAGGAGCCCACUGGACUUCAACAUAGGUGAAAAGCAGGACGUAGAGCCCAGGAGCAAGGAUGUGUGUCAGAUGAAAAAGCAGAAUCCAUGCACUGAGUGUGGGAAAAGCUUGGAAAUAGAUUCCAGUGUCAUUAACCACCAGUGCAUGCACGCAACGCAGAGCCUGUACAAGUGCUCUGAGUGUGGGAAGAGCUUCAACAGCAGUUACAACCUUACCCGCCACCAACGCAUCCACACAGGAGAGAGACCCUUUCAGUGCUCUGAGUGUGGGAAGGGCUUCAACAGCAGUUGCAACCUUACUUGCCACCAACGCAUCCACACAGAGGAGAGACCCUUUCAGUGCUCUGAGUGUGGGAAGUGCUUCAAACGCCGUUCUGACUGGAAGCAGCACCUGCGCAUGCACAGACAGGAGAGACCCUUUCAGUGUUCCGCGUGUGGGAAGAGCUUCAAAAGAAGAUCCGAGUUAAAGCUGCACCAGCGCAUCCACACAGGGGAGAGGCCCUGCAAGUGCUCUGAGUGUGGGAAGAGCUUCAGCAGAAGUUCCCACCUCACCUACCACCAACGCAUCCACACUGGAGAGAGACCCUUUCAGUGUCCUGAGUGUGGGAAGAGCUUCAACAGCAGUUCCCAUCUCACCUGCCACCAACGUAUCCACAAAGGAGAGAAACCCUUUCAGUGCUCUGAGUGUGGGAAGGGCUUCAAAACGAAGUUUGAAUUGAAGCUGCACCAGCGCAUCCACACAGGGGAGAGACCCUUUCAGUGUCCUGAGUGUGGGAAGAGCUUCAAACGCAGUUCUGAAUUGAAGCAGCACCAUCGCAUCCACACAGGACAGAGACCCUUUCAGUGUCUGGAGUGUGCAAAGAGCUUUAAACGCAGAUCUCAUCUCAACACUCACAAGCGCACCCACAGAGCACAACGGCUGUAGAAGCUCCCCAAGACUCUGGGAACCUUCAAAAGCAGUUCCAGCCUCAUUAGCGACCGGCACUGCCACAGAAGGUACAGAUCCUGCAGAACCUCAAACUUGUGAAGAGCUUCAGCCAAAGCCCCACCCUGGUUACGACCUGUGGCUUUGUGUUUUGAACCUUACAAAUCCCUUGAGUAGAGGAUGAGCUCUGCAGCCAAAAUCCUUCUUCUUCUCUGCUGCUCUUCUUUCUCCUCUUUGGAUGCGAAUUCUGCAUGUUGCUCUCUGUCAGCUGCAGUCAAGGUGUUGAGCGGACACUCAAAGGAGAGUCCAGAGUGGGAUGUGUCACAGCCACUGGAAACCCUCUGCCAGGUGGCACGUUUCUGCCAGGGCAGUGUGCAAGGACAGUCACCUCUUAUCUCCCCUGUAGAAACUCACCUG